AUGAUUCUUAAUCUAUGCCGUCGUCGUCAGCUACAAGUAGAGGAGUUUAAGGAGUUAUUGCCUCAUCUAAUUCCAAGGUUUCUCUCGGUCAUGGCUUAUAAAGAUAACGAUGUGUCACUUUUGGAAAAUAACGAGGUACAUGAUGCUGACUCGUCUAACGUACGGAGUCUAAGAAAAGGCGGUGCAAAAACAUUUCACAUGCUCUCUCAUGUAUUUGGGAAUAUUAUGGUUCAAACACUCACGCCAAUUAUUGUGACGAAAUUAUCAAGAUCUGAUGAUGAGACGUGGAAAGAAAGGGAAGCUAUUGUUUUUGCUCUUGGAAUCAUUGCUGAAGGCUGCGUUCCUUAUUUUUACCCUCACUUGCCUGAGCUUGUAGCCAUCCUCCUUCCUCUUUUGGAUGAUAAAUUCCCUCUCAUUCGACGCAUAUCAUGUUGGACACUUUCUCGAUAUGGCAUAUAUCUUCCUAAGAGUUAUGAACAGUUUAAGAAAGUUCUUGCCGGUCUUCUUCGCAAACUCUUGGAUAAUAACAAGCGGGUCGAGAAGGCCGCCUGUUCAGCUUUUACAACUCUUGUAAAGGAUGCAGGUGUAGACUUGGUGAAAUACCUGGAGGUAAUGCUAGAACAUAUUAUAUGCGCUUUUGGAACGUCUAAGAGGGAGAACAUCGGAAUUGUUUAUGCUGCAAUUAAAACACUGCCAAUGGUUGUUCGAGAAGAGCUGAUAACUAAGCCUGGUUAUCUUGAGAUUAUGAUUUCCUCACUGGUUGCAAAAUGGGAACAACUUUCAAAGUCAGAUAAAGAUCUCUAUCCAAUGUCAGAAUGCUUUAUAUCAAUUUCUCAGGCUUUAGGUGUCCGAUUCGCUCCAUUUGCUCUGCAUGUUUUCCAUAGAUGCAUGGAUAUCAUCCAAAUCCAACAGCUGGCCAAGGUUGGUUUUGCUCUUGCUGGGGCUCAGUAUGAUAAAGAGUUUAUCAUUCAUUCACUUGAUUUUCUUUAUGACCUUGCUGGAGGGCUUAAGAGUGAAAUAGAGUCACUGGUUUCACAAAGUAAUUUAAGAGAUAUGCUUAUCAAGUAUUGCAUGGAUGAAGCUGCUGAUGUCAGGGAAAAAGCCUUUGCCCUAAUGGCCGCUCUUGCAAGAGUAUUGCCGGUCUAUCUACAACCCCGCCUCCGUGAGUUCCUCGAAAUCGCAAGCCAGCAACUGAUCAGGGAAAACGUUAUUAGAGAAAACCUUUAUGUCACGACUAAUGCUUGUUGGGCCAUCGGAGAAUUAGCUGUCAAGGUUCGUGAAGAAGUAUCACCAAUUGUGGAGAACGUUGUCUCUUCCCUUGGCUGGAUUCUUCGACUUGGAGAGGGUGUCAAUAAGGCACUAGGUGAGAUCAGUGCAAUUACACUUGGGAGACUAGCAUGGAUUCGUCCAGACCUAGUUGCACCGCGCAUGGAGCACUUCGUGAAGCCAUGGUGCAAGAAAUUGUCAAAGUUAUAUGAUGGCACUAAGAAAGAAGAUGCAUUUAGAGGGUUAUGUGCUGCGGUUAAACUGAAUCCAUCAGGUGUUGCUUACUCAGGUCAUUUCAUAUGUGAAGCCAUUGCGAGUUGGCACGAAAUAAAAAGUGAGGACUUACAGAAAGAAGUUUCCCAAGUGUUGAACGUCUUUAAGAAUAUGCUGGGAAGAAGUUCAUGGGAGAAAUACAUCUCUUCUCUAGAUCCUCUUGUAAAGGAAAGGCUUGCGAGAUAUAAAGUGUAA